CUUCGAUAUCCACUUGACCGAAAAGAUCCGAUCAAUCUUCGGUCUUCGUUCGGAAAAGCCAAUAUCGUCGUGUUGAAUUCGUAUACCCUGCACUGUAUUUCAAAGCGCAUUCAACAAUUUAUCUUUUUUAUAAAAUGAUUUUUUCUAUCAUUGAUUUUAUUGCAUUUCAAUUCAUACGUCGAAUUCGUCACGAAUAGAGAAAUAUUUUCUUGAUUGUUUACAAUUAUAUGGUUUCAUAAAAAACGUAGGAAAGAGUAUAAGCGAGAUAUUAACCUUUACUACUGAUAAAAUAAAAGAAAUUUUAUAUUUAUAAGAGACAUAAAAAAGAUCAAAUGAAAUAGUGAAUUUUCAUCGAUGUGCUUAUUCGAUUAGCCUGAUCGUUUUAGAAAGCAAAUAAAAGAAAAAACGAAAAAAAAGUAUCGUAGUAAGGGUUUCGGAAUACCACGGGACGGAGGUGAACUGCUCGCAAGCGCGAUGAGCCGGCGCGCUAGUACUCCUAGCAGACGACAUGUUGGCUGUAGGGAACACCUCGUCUCGGACGUUUCGAUCGCGAGUUUCCUUGAAAAUUUUUAAGUGAGAGGAGAGUAAACAGGAUCGGUAAAAACGAGGUACAUUGAGAAGUGACUAGAUCGUGGUAUUGGGUUCAAUUAAUAAUGCUGAUGUAGUGGCGGUGAUUGUGUUCGUGGGAUUUUAAAGGGAUUUUAAGGAGGCAGAGGAAGGCGGCGGUGGCGGUGGCGGCGGCAAAGCAGACGGCAUUAAAUGACGAGAAGGGGUUCGAACGUGCCCCCAAAAAAGCGGGUAUUCAGGAAGGAUUCUCGUUCGAAUGGUUUAAAGCACAAAUGAAAUGAUAGCUCGUGGUCACGAAUGAAAGUGAGAAGAGAAGGAGAAAAAGUUAGAAGGAAAGGAUGGAAAGACGAGGAGAGGACUGGUAACAAGCAAGUGUAGAAAGGGAAGGUGGAAAAGGAGUAGAAAGAAGAGGAGGUUCAUCGUUGGAUUUCUAGCACAUUGACUUUCCUUUCUGUAGACGAAGACGAAUGAUUAUUCCGACUUGAUUUGAAAUCGCGAGGAAGCGAGAGCAAGUGUGUCGAGAGCCGAUCUAUUUUAACGUCUCAGUGUUUCGUGUUGGCCGUCGUUAAGGGGGGAGAAGUAAAGAGGGUGGUGGUUGUGGCAGUGGAGGUGGUAGGGUCUGGGAGGUGGCGAGGUCGCGUAUACGCGUUGUAUCCCUUCCUUCCUCUCCUGGAACGGAUUCGCGCGAGACGUCGUCAUUGUCAGCCUUGCUACCCAGGUGCUGUUUCUGUCUCUUUGGCACCCCUCGCGAUCGAAGGACUGGUCGGUGAAAGAGGAAUAGACUAUUCUCGUUGUCGUCGUCGUCGUCGUCGCUGUUGUUGACCAGCCAACCGGCUAGCCCAAGCGGUUGCUCAGAAAUGUUCGUUGACUCAUCAAUUCAUCGACGAUAGUAAUGCUGGUAGUUAUGCUUUCGCUUUCAGUUAUGGACCAGUGGAAGCUGUGGUUAAAAAAAAUAUGAAGUGAGUAUAGUGUGAGAUAUUCGUCGACGUACGCACAUAUAUAUCAAGUGGAAAGGUGAUAAAGAGAGAAAGACAAAAAGCAGAAGGAUACUCCUCCGAGGUAGAGAGAGUGAGAGAGAGAGAGAGAGAGAGAGAGAGAGAGAGAGAAAGAGAGAGAGAGAGAAAAAGAGAGAGAGAGAGAGUGAGAGUGAGUGAGUGAGCAAGGUGUGAGUAACGGUGAUCGUUGCAAAGCCCUUGUAUUCGACGAAGUGCAAAAGAAACGGAGUGUAAGUUUGGAGGUACAAGCAAAUUGGCGAUAAAGCGCGAUCCAUCACUGACGAACGGAACGGAGAAACUGUACGUAGGAAUUCGUGGAAAAGGAACGUGCCUUAACGAACGGCGGGAGAGGGUGCGCUUUUCGAACAUCCUCACGUCGUCGAUGUCGUUGCCGUUGCCGUUGCCGUUGCCGUCGUCGUCGUCGUCGUCGUCGUCGUCGUCGUCGUCGUCGUCGUCGUCGUCGUCGUCGUCGUCGUCGUCGUCGUCGUCGCCGUCGUCGUCGUCGUCGUCGCCGUCGUCGUCGUCGUCGUCGUCGUCGUCGUCGUCGUCGUCGUCGUCGUCGUCGCCGUCGCCGUCACCAUCGCCGUCGCCGCCACCGCCGCCGCUGUCGUCGUGGUCGUCAUUGUGGUCGCCGUUGUAUCGUCGUCUCCGGUGUAGCCAUAUUCUCGUGUGUAUUCUAGCGGUCCUGUAGAAGUACGCGCGCGCGCGCACUCUUUUUAUUCGGUGGAGGGGUGGUGUCGAUCUUUUCCUUGUCGAUAAGAAGAAAAAAAGGAAGAUCGGCAGAAGUGGCAAGGAAUAACGAGAAGGGCGAGUCACGUGUGUCUUUCUCGUGGUGUGUCAUGGGGUGCUUCGGCAGCCAAAGCAGUAAGGCCAGUCAGGAUGAUAGCAAGAACCAGAAAAGACGCUCGGAUGCCAUUACCAGGCAACUGCAGAAGGACAAGCAAGUCUAUCGAGCUACUCACAGGCUCCUCUUACUCGGAGCGGGAGAAUCUGGGAAAAGUACAAUCGUCAAACAGAUGAGGAUAUUGCAUGUCAACGGUUUCAGCGAAGCAGAGAAGCGGCAGAAAAUCGAGGACAUAAAGAAGAACAUCAGGGACGCAAUACUGACGAUAACCAGUGCUAUGAGCACGUUAACGCCGCCCGUGACGUUGGAGGAUCCUGCAAAUCAGAGUAGAGUCGACUAUAUCCUGGACGUCUCGUCUUCCCCAGACUUUGAUUAUCCUGCGGAGUUCUACGAAAUCGUCGAAACAUUAUGGAAAGAUCGAGGCGUUCAGCAAAGCUUCGAGAGGAGUAACGAGUACCAGCUCAUCGACUGCGCCAAAUAUUUUCUAGACAAAGUAGCUAUUGUAAAACAACCGGACUACACGCCAACGGAGCAGGAUAUCCUGAGGUGUCGAGUCCUUACAUCCGGUAUCUUCGAAACUCGGUUUCAAGUGGACAAAGUAAAUUUUCACAUGUUUGACGUUGGUGGACAACGAGACGAAAGGAGAAAAUGGAUACAAUGUUUCAAUGACGUAACGGCGAUCAUAUUUGUAACAGCAUGUAGUAGUUAUAAUAUGGUACUCAGGGAAGAUCCGACGAAAUUGAGACUCCGGGAAAGUCUCGAUCUCUUCAAAAGUAUUUGGAACAAUCGGUGGCUCCGCACAAUUUCCGUGAUUUUAUUUCUAAAUAAGCAAGAUCUCUUGGCGGAGAAGAUAAAGGCAGGAAAGCAUAAAUUGGAGGAUUAUUUUCCUGAGUUCUCUCGUUAUCAAACGCCAGUCGAACCUGGUGUAGUCACAGAUCCCUCGGAACCUCCUGACGUCUUAAGGGCCAAGUACUUUAUCAGAGAUGAAUUUCUCCGUAUAAGCACAGCCAGCGGAGAUGGUAAACACUAUUGCUACCCACACUUCACCUGCGCCGUUGACACAGAAAAUAUCAAGAGAGUGUUCAACGAUUGUCGGGACAUCAUUCAGCGAAUGCACUUACGCCAGUACGAGCUCUUGUGACUUCAUUCCCGCCGACGUAUUGUCCUGUCGAGCAUUCGUCUUACUAUUAUGCUCCUGUUGUUCCACCACCACGAGCCGUUUCGAGCCAUACGAGAGAAGCUGUAUUGCCAUUACGUCUCGUAUCGCUAAGAAUAUAUUCUCGUGCCGCAAAAUAUGGCAAAUCGUAUCGAUAGAACGCGAACGGAACGACCUCGUCGCACGCGAAAAAGUAUACACACAACGUCGAGAGAAGAAGGAGUUAGCCCUCUCAUCGAGUAAGAAACACUUUUUUCUCCGCUAUGGAACUUAUGCUUCGUUAGUUUUCCCCAAAUGGAAUUUUCACGAUUCAUGGGAAAAAAUAACGGAUCUCCUAUACUGACGAAGAGUACGGAGGAAAGAAUUUUUCUCUCUCUGUGAGAUCGUUGUACGAGCCCUGACACAACGCGUGUAUCACGUCCUGCUCUCCACCUCCGAUCUUGCUAUCUUUUGCAAUAUAGACAUAUUUUGACACGUACUUUGACAUAUUCGGCUAAUUUUUUUCCUUUUUUUCUGUUUUUUUUCUUCUUUCUUCUUUUUUAGAUUUGUGGAGAGUCUGAAUGGCUGAGCGGUCGUCUUUACACCGGCCGCUGAUAACUUGUGCAAUUCUAAUUAUUAUCGUGUUAAUAUUAUUUUUAUUACAUAUCAAUUCGUUGAUAAGAGCAAAGGGAAGAUAAGCGAGGACCGUGAUAUAUAUCCCCUAGAUUAUUAAUAUUUAUCACAAAUUGCAUGCGUCGUCCUCUGGAAAACGUAUGUUCUUCUUUCAAUACACUCUUUAUCUAAACCUUGCGGCUCAAUUUAAUUGGUAAGAAUAUUCUUUAGGACUUUGGCCAUUUCUUCCUCUCUUUCCCUCUUUCUCUCCCUCCCUCGUUUUCAGGUAUAUAUUCUUUCGUAUCUUUCUUAGAAAGAAAAAACAAUCGAAUCCCUAGGACCGCCGAAAUCUUCCCUCAGUUUCGAAUCUCUGUUUCUUUUUCUUUUUCUUUUUCUUUGUUUAUUUGUCAUUGUUGUCGUAUCUUACGAUUUUAUCAGAAUCUCCCCAUAUUUCUGGUAAUUGAUUUUCUACUUCUGAAUCUCAACUUUUAAUCGCAUCAGUCCGACCCAUAGGAGUCUCAUCUGCACCUUUUUACGAGAAGAGUAUUUUAUGAAAUUUUACAGUAUUUCGAAGAGCGUUUUAAUUAUAUCUAUAAACUAUGUAUCGAAUAUGUACAGGGUGACCGUCCAUGAAUUUAUCUUUUUUAUCUAUAUUUCCUACGACAAAGAUUCCUCGUUAUAUGUCAUUUUCUACUGGUUUCCGUCAAAAGAUAAUUUUAUAAUGUGUACCUAGAUACAUAACGAUACUAAUAUAGCUAUUACGCGUGUAUCCAAAUUAAUGGAGCAAGUGCACCACGUUUAAGUUUCUUGUUAUACUAAUAUUACGUUCUCUCUUUGAACUUAGAAUGAGAAUACGUUGAUAGAUAAUAACAUACGUAAAUUUAAUUUUGAGAAGAAAAAGGUUCGUUUUAAAUUAAAUUGUCAGGAGAGAAUAUGUUCGUUAUCGCCCGGCGUAGCUUUUUAAAGAUAAUUUCUCUUUUGUUUAUGCGUUUAUUUAUCUUUUCCUCCUACUAACUUUGAAAGAGUACGAGAGUUCGAGCCAAGUAUCCUCUCUUAUGAAAUGCGACGAAAUUUGUGCUCUUUUUUUGACAUUUGGGACACCCUGUAUAUGAAAAAAAAUUUUCCUACUUUUCUCAGUGAUUCCGGCUAUGUAUCUUUUCUUUAAAUAUUACAUAACGAGACGACAAACGGGUUUCUGGGCUGUUACGAAGAUCGUGCAUGAUAUGAGAGAACAUCAUACGUAAAUCAGUGAUUUGACACGUUCGAAAAUGUUGAUAUUUCUUACGAUUAAAGACAGGCGGCUAACACUAAAAACACGACAUUGGCACAGUCCUCUAGCUGCUCUUCUUCUUCUUCUUCUUCUUACGUUUCUUCGUUUCUUUCUGGAUUGGGCACAAUGCGACAUUCUGUAUUUUAUAUUUUACUUUAUUGACCAUAAUUUUUUAUAUCAAUGAGUUUUCAAAAAUAUCGCAUCUUUAGAAAAGAAUAGAAAAGAGUAAUAUGUCCAAUAUUUAUACAAAUAAUUUUUCUUAUAUAAUUAUAAUUCAUUUUUAAUCUUUUAGAAUAUUCAUAGAAUAUUCUUCUUUUUAAUGUAAAAGCCUUCACUAUGCUGUAUCAAGUAUUGUUUUUAAUCAAUUCGUCCUAGUCCUUUUUUAUUAUGCAAUAAAAUGUAAACAACAAAAGAGUAAACGUCUCAGACAGUCAUGUACAAUAGGGAUCUAAAUAUGAAGACUAAUACUCGUAUUCUCGCGAGUACUUUAAGUAGUUUUAUUUCGUUUUUAAAUUCCUUCGUUUUCCAUAAUACUUUCGCUCGCCUCUGAAUAAUCGUUCCAAGCCUCUCUUUAGACUCAAGACUAAUAGAAUACAGAAGAGAAAGAAAUAAAAAAAGAAGGAAAGGAAAGGAAAGGAAAGGAAAUUUGUCGGUAAAUGAAAAAAUGUUAGAGCGUUAAAAAGGAUACUCUAUAUAUGUAUAUGUGUUUACAUACAUAUAUGCAUAUAUCCGCAUUAAAUGUAUUUUUGUGUAUCGAUAUUGAUGGGUGCGCUCACACAUAUUUAUGAGUACCUAUCGUACUAAAUACAUUAAGAAACAAGCCAUAAUCCGUACUUUUAUUUAUAUUUCUGUGAAGUAUUAUUUUUAUUAUAUUCGUUAAGGUACAUAGUGAUAAAAACGUGCAAGAGAAUAUGUGAGUUCGUUAUCAAAGAGGAAAAGAGAGAAGAGUUUGAUUUGCGACUAUAUAUAUUCCAUAAACUUCCUCGAGAUAUAUAUAUAUAUAUAUAUAUAUAUAUAUAUAUAUAUAUAUAUA